AUGACCUCGCUAGCCAGAACGUCUUACGGAGAUAAACGGAAGAUAAGACCGUUAUCGUUACUGCAGUUUUCACGAAAUUUGAAAGCAAAAGCUGAAGAACACAACCAAUGCACGAGAAAAGCACAGCUGGGUUCUGAAGAUCCCUGCGCUUUAGCAAAUUCGAGUGGUAGAAAACACGACGCAAAUAGCAGCAGAAUUCCAUCUGCAUAG